AUUUGAACUGGGCGAGGAGGUGAGGUGUGGUCGUGAGUCUUGAGCGCGUCACCAAUACUUGAAAAUAGUCAUCCGGGAGUAUGUUUGUGCACUAAAUUACUGCAAGAACAGCCAUGUAUUGGUGGCUGCUAGCAUUCUUCCUUGGUGGUCUUCUGCAAACUGGUGUCUGCCAAGAGUGUCCAAGGGGAUGGGAGGACUAUGACAGCUCGUGUUACAAAUUCAACCGUUCUCCAUUGCGGACACGUGAUGAAGCCAGAGAAGCAUGUCAGGCCUACAACUGUGACUUGAUAUCAAUUAACACAUUUGAAGAACACCGCUAUGUAGUGGAGUGGCUGCGAGUGCAUGAUCCUCAACACCGAAGGUGGUUUACGAGCGGCUUUGAAACCUCAGAAAAUGUAUGGGCCUGGGAGGGUGACGGUACUGCAUUCAGCAACAUUGAGUCGCUGUGGCUUCCCCAGCAAGAAAUUUCGUUCUGGAAAUACGUCUCCUACAACUUUUCAGAGGAAUACAACCGUUGGGGUCUGCAUAGGGUACCACCAGGAGACAGCCUAGCCUUCAUCUGUGAGAUUCCAAAGGAACGCCUCCAUGACGUGUACCUUCAGGAACGGCCUAUAGACUAUGGUUACGAGGUGCAAGACUGGAAACACAUUCCGCAAGGCCCUCGCAUUACUCUGGAACCUAAAAAUGUAAUGUUCGAUGUCAGUGGGCGAAUUCGGCAGAACGAAAUAUCCCUGCGAUGCGUAGCGAGUGGGUAUCCUCCUCCGACGUACAAGUGGUUCAAGGAGGAACGCCAAAAUGAUGCCAGCUUUGACAAAUACAUCGAUCCCCUAUCCAAUGGACGUUACACACAGACGGACGGAACGCUCACCAUUCACCGUCCAGACAUGGAGAUCGACCGUGGCAAGUACCACUGCACAGCAGAAAACAAAUUUGGAACAGUGUUGUCUCGGCCUGCUGAACUCAGCUUUGAUAACAUCGGAGAAUUCAACAAACACAGAGCAGGAGACAGUGGCAAAGAAUACUGGGGCAAAUCAGUGUCGUGCGAUCCUCCCCAGCUACCCGCAAAUGUGCACUUCUUCUGGGUGCGGAACUCGUUCCCAAACUUUGUGGAACAGAGCCGCAGGGUGUUUGUGUCCAGUGACGGAAACAUGUAUUUCUCUUCCCUGGAGAAGAUUGACAAUGCCUACUAUUCGUGCAACGUGCAGAGUGUCAUAUCCUCGACUGGACAGAGUGGGCCAUUCUUCUCUCUCGCUGUGGAUCCUGCCUCUAGUGGACAAAAGCUGCAAUUCCCAAACAACUUUCCAAAGGCCUUCCCAGAAGCACCACUCGCCGGAAGCGACGUCCGACUGGAAUGCGUUGCCUAUGGAUACCCGGUGCCUUUCUACAAUUGGACACGCCUAGGAGGUCCAAUGCCUGAAGGAGCCAGAGUGGAGAGUUACGGCCACGUGUUGUUGCUGCCCAGUAUUCGUAUUGAGGACAUGGGCGACUAUGUUUGCACCGCGUCAACCGGAGAAGACGCAAUCCGGAAAACAGUUACGCUCAGUGUACAAGCUUCCCCGGAGUUCACCAUCGAGCUUGAGAACCAAGUGUUGGAUGAAGAUUCGAAGUUCAUGUGGACCUGCGAAGCCUUUGGAAUUCCCGAGGUCACCUAUUCAUGGUACAAAGACGGGAAACCCUUGCACGGUAACGAGACGCUGGACCGACGUCAACGUUACAAGGUGUAUAAUAACGUCCUCCACAUCGACGGCCUUGUACGAGGAAUAGAUGAAGGCAUGUACCAGUGCCGUGCGUCCAACAGUUUGGGCAUUGCUUACACCACAGCUCAACUCCGCAUGCUCACCUUGAAGCCCCACUUUCAGAAGUAUCCCUUAGAGAGUGAGAUAUUUGCUGCCGAGGAUGGCAACAUCACAAUACCUUGUCGGCCUGAAGCGGCACCGGUACCAGAGUACACGUGGCGCCGUGACGGGUACAAUGUCCCAACGGGUGGACGCAUUCAGAUCAUGGGAAACGGCUUUCUGCGCAUCCAACCUGUACGACCAGAAGACGAAGGAAACUACACAUGUACGGCAAAGAACUCGCUUGGUGCUGAUUCCAGCCAUGGACGCCUGGUUGUUCUUCCACCACCAAGGAACCUGGAAGCACCACCACCAAAAGUGGUGGCAAUCGUGCGAACGAUGCAAGAACUGCCGUGCCAAGCAUUGGCUCCACAUGCGUUAGACAUGGCUUACAUCUGGUUGCACAAUGACUUGCGAAUCUACUUUGACAAGCAGCCACAGUACAUGGUGGGUCGGAUGCCGGGAUACCUGCUGAUUCCAAACGUGACAUUUGCUGAAGCAGGGCGGUACACAUGCAUUGCAAAGACAUCCGUGGGAAGAGUCUACACCUACACUGAACUUCUCGUUGUUGGUCCACCUGGUGUUCCCGGUGCAGUGUUGGCCAGUAACAUCAACGCAACAUCAGGGAUAGUCGAGUGGGCAGAUGGCACGAAUCAUGGCUUCCCCAUCACUAGCUAUGCCAUCCAGGGUCGCACAGAUCACAAUUGCACCUGGCGGGAACUGUGCAACGUGACCUAUGCGGUGGAGAGUCGAGAGACCCCAGGACGACGUCAAGUUCAGCUCGGGGAGGUGUUGAGCCCUUGGAGUAAAUACGAGUUCCGUGUGUUGGCAGCCAAUGCAUUGGGUGUGGGAGAGCCAUCAGAUCCGAGUCCCCAGUACAACACGGCCAUUCACUGGCCUCUUGUUGUUCCGCACAAUAUUGGUGGUGGUGGAGGCAAAGCAGGAUCACUCACGAUUUCCUGGACGCCUCUUCAUCCGGAAGAAUGGAAUGCACCCGAGGUCUGGUAUCGUAUCUACUAUCGUCCCGCCUGGGAACGCGGAGAACCUCGCAAGAAAGACCUACGGAAGUUGGGCAACAUUGGCCUCUAUGUGGUGCCUGUUGGGGAAGAGAACUACUAUUCUCCAUAUGAGAUACAAGUUCAAGCCGUAAACCUGGCGGGAGACGGUCCCAUCUCGGACCCAGUGGAGAUUUACUCCGCCGAGGGCAUGCCACAGGUACAGCCAUCCGGAGUAUACGCCGUGCCCUUCAACUCCACCUCUCUCAACGUCACCUGGACGCCUCUUGACAUCACCCGAGAGAAGAUUCGCGGACGUCUUAUUGGACACAGGAUAAAGUACUGGAAGAAUGAUGAAAAUGCAGAAACUGAGGCCCUGAUACUCCUGAAGCGAGGCAUCGAGAAUUGGGGUCUCAUCGUGGGCCUCCAACCCAACACGGAGUACAGGGUUGCCGUGAUGGCGUACAACGAUGCUGGGUCGGGACCCGAGAGCGAGUACUUUGUAGCGAAGACAUUUAGGGCGGCCCCGUUGCGACCUCCAACGAGCGUCAAGGUCAAAGCCCUCUCUGACACCAGCGUCAAGGUUACCUGGCGAGGAGUCUUGCCCACCAUUGAAGAGGAGUCCAUACAGGGCUACAAGGUACGAUACUGGGAGUCCGAUCAAGACCUUACGUCUGCAAAAGAAGUAUACAGGCCGCUGGAUGGUGGGGAUCUCGAAGCAGUCGUUUCUGGACUUGUCCCAGGAAAAGUCUAUAAGCUUCGUGUUCUGGCUUGGAGCUUUGGCGGCGAUGGGAAAAUGUCUUCUCCACCUUGGGAGUUCAAAGUUGGGGAAGGUGUUGCCUCGGCAUACAGCGGUGCCGGUUCCACCGUCACCGUGGAGAUCCUGGGCUUGCUGGUGUGCCUAGUCCUGGUAGCACUAAGAAGGUGAAGGUGUCUAUCACCAGGCAUCUAGAGCAUCUUCACAGCUGUGGUACAUGACUUGUAGUAUGGGCUAGGCCUAGUCUGUCACCACUUCCCGAUUCGAUCCCGGUCUGCAAUCCGCACAACCGUACCACACCUACAUGCUCUGAUCCGUCCAACAGUGGUACGUUCCCUCCGUGGAUUGCAGAUUUCGGCUGCACAUGGUGCAACGCUGGUGCAACGCAUUCCAUAUCAAAAACACACUUUGUUUACACGCGUCUGAAACACUGCUGCAUAUAUUGGCAGCUCAUCUCAUUUUGAUAGGAUGUUAUCUCACCAUUCUCAGAAGGUCAUGGAUGGUAUAAUGGCACUUAAAGAAAGUCCGGAAAAAAGACUGAACUCUGUAAAUGACUUUAAUUGCGUAGCCGUUACAUUACCCGUACAAUCUGUGAUCUGACCUUAUUCCGUGUCAGAUUUCACACAGUGUGACCUCGGUUUGCUUUUAACCAAAUUCCAUCUUAAGCUCCAUAUUCUUGUACAAGGUACAAAUCAACUGGAACAAGGCUGGUGGUUUGGAAAAACCACCACAGACUAUCUCAAAGACUUCAUCCUACUUUGACCACUUGAUCAUCCUAGUUUCAUUCAUACUAAGGAUUUGUUACCUGCUGCUCAUCCUACAGCAGUCCUUCUGUAUAGCAGAAUCUCCCCGCAGAGGGAGGGUAUUGACACUCCAGAAUCUCUACUUAACACUGCCAUUGGUAUUUUGUUGAACGUAAACAGUGUAUAACUAAAUUUGGAGCAAUACUCCCGGUGGGUUGCUUGUAGUCUUGAUUCUGUUGUGCUAGGGAGGCCGCUUGUGAUCUGGAUGUUGCUUAGAUACCUUUUGCUUGUUACGCAGUUGUAAGCGGCAUCCACAUACAUUCCAUAUCGCGCUGUUGUACAUAUACUUUACAGUGCAAAACUUUCAUCCUUGUGAUCUGUAAUGUUUCGUUUAUACACUCUUUACCCCGUAUGUAGCCCAUAUUUUUAUACAGAUACACUCAGAGAUGUACUAUAUUGAAAAGCAAGCAAUUAAAGGAUGCCACUGUUA